AUGUCUCGACAGGCGAGGCUGGAUGAUCCUUCCCAAGAGGACGAGGAAAAAGACUUCUACAAUCCAAAAAGUCGGUCAUUUUGUCGGGCAUGUGUGGACUUGUCUACCUUUAAGAAAUUAAAGCCGGAAUCGCGUCGAGAGUCCCCAUACUUCCUUGAUCCGAAAGGUCAGUCGGAAGGAAAACCAAGAUUUCCUUCUUGCCUUUACAGCCAGAGAUGAGCAACCUAACGUUCCGGUCUGCAUGUUUCUGCAGGUUGCCCCGUUGAUAAGACUGGCCUUGGUCGUGCCACCUGGACCCUUUUGCACACGAUGGCAGCCUACUAUCCCAAUCAUCCCACCUACGAACAAAAGGUCUCCAUGGAAAAGUUCUUCUCCAGCUUCGCGGAUUUCUUCCCCUGCAAAUAUUGCGCUAUGGAUUUCCAGAAAAGUAAGUACCGUCUUUCAGUCGCAGAUGACCCAGUCAGACAUUAACUGAACCAGUUGGAAUCAAUCCAACAGUCUCAAGCUAAUAUCGAAAAAUCAAAAUGGACAAGCAUUUACAUUUGGCUAAGUGUGGAAUCUGAUAUCGAAAAUAAUUAAUUUCAGUGGAUAGAAGGCGACUUAGAUUACAUUGACAGAGGAGGCAGCCUCAUAUUUAAAAAGUGUAGAUGUUUUCAUAUGCUGCGCGGUAAACUAGUACUGAUGGCACUGCAGUAUCUUAACGUACGCAAAAAGUUUACGACCAAGGUCCAUGUGUUCACAAAGUGCAGCAGGCCGGUCAGUUUGGCUACUUUUCGGAUCAGGCGUUUUUGGCUGUAUUUAAAAAACGACCGAUAAGGAUUUGCGAUAGUAUUUUACUCAUUCCUAACACCCCCCCAACUCUUAAAACAAGAAUAACUGCUUGCGUAAUAGCCAAUUCAUCAGAGUGAUAACUGCUCUCAUUGUCCUCUGCCAAUCCGUUUCGUAAGUUACUAGGAGCCCGGCGAGUAGACUUGGUUUUUAUGCGUGUAGACAAGACAGGCUAGUAAGACCUCCAUUUCUAAUUUAUUCGUCAUCAGGAAAAUUUUGAGCUUUACCCAGUCUGCCGCUCUUUUGUUAAUCUGUGCGCUUACUUUCCAUCGGUAGUUAUCGAGAAUAUUUGCCCAGUUAGUUGUUCCCACAGUAGGUUUUUUUAUCGCAUUGCGAGCGCCCGUGACUGCAUGUAUGUGAGCACCAAACUUCAUUUGGUGCCGGCACGUCCCGCUCUUGAAUUGAAUCAGUUAGUACCGUGUCCUACGGUCUCCCAUGACCUGUCUUUAGUUUUCAUACGUUUUAAACAUGCAACUGGUACCCCUCCUCUCGCUCUUCAUAUCUGUUGCGCGUGCUCCAUCCUCUUGUCGGGGCAGAUUGAUCGCAGUGGACCGGGCGCCGGCCUGUGGUUCAUGAGGUGGGACAUUUGGCCGAAGUACUUGGUGACUAGUUGCCUCUGGCUCAAAUGUCGGUUUAGCUGGCCAUCCCAGUCUCCAUUGUCCCUGUUUGUAAUACUUUGGAUUAAAUCUGUUACGUACAGUGAAAUAGUUGGUAACUGGUUGAGACGGUGUUUGUUGCGAAUAGCUUCCGGUCGAAAAUUGUUUUCGCCCACUUCCUUCUUCCACGAUUAAACGCCCGUUCACCGUGUUCCUUUCUCUUUCCUUAGACAUUAAGAAGCACCCAGUGGAUGUCUCCAAUCGUCGUAACCUGAGUGGUUGGCUCUGCAUGCAGCACAACCUUGUUAACGAGAAACUGAAGAAACCGCUAUUUGACUGUUCUAAAGUGCUGGAACGUUGGCGCCAUGGCUGGGCAGAUGGGUCUUGCGACCUAUCAGUAGAGGACGGAAAGUAG